AUGGACGGCUGGCUUUUAAGAUGGGAAUACGAAUCAUCAUACGUGACAGCUGCCCGCCGUCUGGCAGCCGAUCUUCUCAAAGAUGAGGUGGCACGAACUGCUCCGAGUGGAAUCUCUGUAGUAGACCUAGAUGGAAGCGAACUAGAAGAAUAUGCCGUGAUCAGAAAAAGUGACUUCACGACACUUUAUCUGUCUAGAGAAUUGGCAUGCGUUUUGGACCGUGAUGAGCUUUUCCAUGCUGAUCGAUAUCUUUACGUUGUCGAUAGAGCACAACGAAAACAUUUUGAAGCUCUGCGGUUAAUCCUGCAGCGAAUUGGGAAAGGAGAGCUGGCAAAGAAGAUCGAGCAUGUGCCGUAUGGAAGGGUGAAAGGGUUGUCAACGAGAUUGGGUCGCACCGAAGCUGUGGGCGACAUCAUUGAUAAAGGUGCUGAACUAGCCCUGAAAUUCAUGCAAAGCUCGCCAACUAUCAAAAUACCACCGGAGAAGAUGCAAGAUGUUUCACGGCAACUUUCGAUAUCAACCGUAGUUUUCAAUGAUUUAAAGCGAGCAAAAUCAGCGGAGUAUGAAUUUUCGUUCACAAAUGCUUUUGAUCUCAAUCAUAACAAUGCCCUCUCAUUACAGGUAUAAUU